AUGUCUCUUGGAAUCUUGGAGGCGAAGCGAGGUCGAGAUUCGUGUGUGGAGAUGUUCAAGCCACUGUCUGAACUGAGUUUCUGCCUGACUGAGGCAGGGCGGCCGGAGGAGAUGGAACGUAUCGCCAAACGCUGCCUUGCAAUCCAGGAGACCGACCUUGGCCAGGAGAGCACGCCGGUAGCAGAAACACUAUACCUGAUAGGCGGGUGCCUGUCGCACCCGCACCAGGUGGAGGAGGGAGAAAACGUGGCAAGGCGCUGUGUGAAGAUCCAGGAGGUCAAUCUGGGACGAAAAUCUGACAGGCUGAUCCCCGCCUUAAACCUACUAGGUUCUUUCCUUUCGCGAGCUGGGAAACUGGAGGAGGCCGAGGAUAUCCUGAGCCGCAGUGUGGCCAUUCUCGACGAGGUCAACCAGUUGGCCAAUGACGCCAGCGCACAACAUGAACACAAGCUACUGUACCGGAAUCUCCAACACUUGAUAGGGACCACGGUGCACGCCCUGGGUUCCUGCCUUUUGCAAGCAGGGAAACUCGAGGAGGCCGAGCGUACUCUGAGGCGCGGUUUGGUAAUCCAUGAGACCGAGCUUCGCCCAGAGAAUGCCGCUGUAGUAAGCACGGGGGACGUCUUGAAUAACACCCUUCGACAGACGUACCCGUAUGCGCUACACGCCCUGGGUACAUGCCUUAUGCAGGCAGAGAAAUUUGAGGAGGUUGAGGACAUGCUGAGGCGUGGUCUUGCAAUCCAUGAGAAGAACGGGAACUAUGACGGAGUCGACGUAGCCAACACGCUGUUCGACUUAGCUUCCUACCUUCGACAGACGGGGGAGUCGAAGAAGGCAGAGGAAUUGCUCCGGCGCUGCCUGUCUAUUCGAGAGGCCAAGCUGGGUUUAGAGGAUAUUUUGGUGGGCGUCGUGCUGGUCCAGCUUGGGAUGUGCCUCGGAGAAGCUCUGCGAUCGGCGGAAGCGGUGGAUGUUUUGAGACGCUCUUUGUGCAUCCAUGACGUGCACCUAGGCCUAGAACAUAUCGUAACACCCUCGGUGUUGUAUCCACUGGCUGCAUCGCUCAUACAAACGGGAGAGAUGGACGAAGCAGAGGACAUGAUGAGGCGUUGUCUUGCGAAUCAGGAAGGCAACAUGGGCAAGGAUCAUCAAGCCGUCGCCUACACGCUGCAUGUGUUCGGAGUUUUUCUCCGGCAGAGGGGGAAACUGAAGGAAGCGCAGGAGCUGCUGAGGCGCUGCAUCGCGAUCUACCAGGCCAAGACGGGAACUGAGCACAUUUGCAUGAUGACCAGCGCACGGCUCGAGCUAAGCAUAUGUCUACGGCAUGAGGGGGAUUUGAAGGAUUGGGGCCAGAGCGAGAUUUCUGUGGGGAGCAGCAGCAGUACCCUGCGAAUUCUUGACGAUGACGACUGGGAGUACGAGGCCCUCUGCGAUCUUUUCAAAACUCGAUGGCUCAAGCCUCAGCCGACGAAUGGCGUUUCGAUCGUGCGCAUCUUCAGCAUCCAGGUGCCUCUCGAGGUCCAUGACAAGCACGAACUCUACAAACGUAUGGUCGUGGUCAAUCUACGCCAACGCUUCCAUGGUACCUCCUGCAAUGAUGGGUGCAACUUCAUGGUCGACCCACAGGGAGCAACAGCCCCGUGCGGGCUGAGCAGCUGUAGCGUCUGCAACAUCUGCAUGCUAGGCUUCAAGCUCGGAAAGAACGUCGCCCGUACGGCCCGGGCAUCCGGUAUCCCGCUUCGGUACGGCACGGGCAUCUACUUCAGUAGCGUUUCCGGCAAGGCGAACGACUAUGCCAGGCUCUCGGCCAAGACUGGCAGCGACGGGGCGGAGUUGAGGUGCAUGUUCGUCGCCAAUGUCGCCGGUGGGAAAGCUUUCAGCACCAAGAAAUCCCACCUCCCCCAAAGCGAGUGCCCACCUUCGGGUUGUCAAUCUGUUGUGGGCGAGGUGGGCCACGCGCUCAACUACGACGAGGUCGUGGUUUACAAGGAAGAGGCCGCUCUGCCCACACACCUCAUCGUGUAUGCUCCGCGCCACUAA